UUUGAAUAGUUGUUCGUAGAUUUGUAUUAAAUGAGUGAAAAGAAAGAAAGAAAGCAACUUGGGGCUCUGUUAUCUCUUUCCUGUCCUUCCUCCCUUCCUUUCUUUCUUUUUCCUUCUUAUCUAUUAGACUUUAGACCACUGAUCUUGAUCUUUUUUGGUUCUUGACUACUUCAGCAACUUGAUCCCAUAACAACUCUCUCGGCUGCUUUUAUGAUUUUUGGCAUCAUAUAGUAAGAAGAAAGAGAGGCUGGAGUGGAAGAACAAGCAACAGGUAAUCAUGGAUGAUUCUCUCUUGCCAAAGCUGGACAAAGAGGUUUCAAAAGAACUCAAACCAGAAACUCAGGCAUCCAAAAGAAGGAAAUUGGUUCAAAAAACUGUUGUUACAGUGAGAAUUGGAGCAAAUGUUGGGAAACUAAAGAAUGAAGGACCACCUUCUGAUUUUUGGUCUUGGAGAAAAUAUGGCCAAAAACCUAUUAAAGGAUCUCCUUAUCCAAGGGGUUACUAUAGGUGUAGCACAUCAAAAGGUUGUUCGGCCAAAAAACAAGUAGAGAGAUGCAGAAAUGAUGCUUCAAUGCUCAUCAUCACCUACACCUCUAGCCAUAACCAUCCAGGUCCUGAUCUUUCCACCACCAACCUGAUCCAACUAGCAGAAGAACCCAAAACCCAUUCCACUGUAGAUCUCCAAACACCCUUAAAAGAGGAACAGCAGGAGCUAGCACAAGAAGAAGAAAAACAAAAUGAACCCACUAUGACAACUAAAGAAAAAGAACCAGGUGAAGAUCAUUUCCUCUACAUACAAUCCCCUAUAAGCAGUUCCCAAGAUAUAAUAGUUAACCAAGCAGAAGACCCUUUCACAGUGAACCUAGAAAAACCCCAUGAAACAAUGGGUCUUGUCUUGGAUGAAGAACCCCUCUGUUACUCCCAGCUCAUGAACUUCUCCACACCCAUGUCAGAGGAAAAUGACUUCUUUGACGAGCUUGAAGAAUUGCCCACAUCUUCAUCUUUCACAAGCUUCAUGACCAGCAAUUUUUUCGAGGAAAGGAUUCCUGUUGUCCCUUCUUGAACCAAGUAAUUCUUAGUGCUUGCAGCCUUAGAAAAUGUACUUAUGUUGUCCAUAUGGAACACCCACUACCUGUAGUUGUUUACUCUCUCUCUCUCUCUCUCUCUCUCUCUAGCAUUUGUGGGUUCACAAAAUGAGAAAGUAACGUCACUUUGGCAUGAGAUAA